AUGACGAACCGCAAAGUAGACGGCAACGAAAAUGCCAAGGUGCUGUACAAGGCUGACCCCAACUCGUCCGACGAGUUUGUGGUGCUUGUGAACCCCGACAUGUACAGCCAAUGGCAAACGGACAAGUCCAUUCCCCUGGCCGAUGUCGUGUCGACUUUCCAGGUUAUGCGGACUGUUCAUGGCGCACAGGGCUUUGACGGCGAGGCGUCGAAGCAACAGCUGCAUAGCGCGUUUGGCGUCGAGCGUGCGGACGAAGCAAUCCCGAUCAUUCUCGAGAGGGGCCAUCUCCAGAACGCGAACUUGACCGACAUGACCGGCAGGCACGACCGCGACUCGUCCAAGCGUCAGCAGCGCCACUAA